AUGGAAGCAAGGGGCACAAUAAUGGUGUCAGGUGUAAGGGGAGGUGUAAGGACGUAUCUAGCUCGCACUGCUGGGGUGUUUCCCUACAUGGGCGAUGUGAUCGAGAGGGAGGCUCUAGACACGCCCUAUGACUACGCCCCUCCUCCGGAGAUAGACAGUGAAGCCUCUGCAAUGAUCGACAAGCUUCAGGACCUGCUGACAGCCCUUCGCCUCUUCCUCCCCCACGCACUCUCCCCCACCCUUGCCACACCUCCUUUGAACUUGGAAACGUCGUGGAAGAAUGGGGGAGGGGAUGGCCGUGGGGACUGGGAGAAGCAAGAGGAGGGACAGGAGGAAGAGGAGGAGGAACAUAUGGAGGGUCAUGAGGAAAAACAACAGCAGCAGCAGCGACAGCGGAAGCAGCAACGGCAGGAGCAGCACCAGCAACGGCAGGAGCAACAGCAGCAACAGUCACAGGCACAAGGGGAAGAGCGAGUGGAUAUCUUUGCGUUGGGAUUGGUGGAGGAGGGGGUUCGAGUGCAGAACCCUGUUGUGUGCUUGAGAGGCAAAGAGAGGUGGCAGCAGUGGCUAGAGCUGGUUGGAUCGUCUGGGGGACACCUGCAUCUGCACCAACUCUACUCUGAAACACUCGUGAAGGCACCCGCUAAGAGCGGGCGGGAAGCAGUGGCAAGCAUGGGGCUGUCAGACUGGUGGGAGAGGAACCUUCCUGAGCAUGAGGCGGAGAUCAGGAGAAACCUUCCUGCAGCGGAGGGGCGGGAUGAGAGGAGGGGAGUGCAUGGGAACGGGAAACUUGGUGCUGAGAAGGGAAGAGAUAAAUUGAGUCAAGGGGAUGAGGAAGAGGAAGAGGAGGAGGAGGAAAGUCGGAUGAAUGGAAGUAGCAGUAACAGUGGUGGGGGAGAUGCUGGUGCGAGAAAAGCUAGUGGGAGAGAAGGGAGAGGUAGGCGAGGUAGUAAAGAGGAUAAGGAGGAGGACGAUGCGAUUUUUCUGGUCGGCAAGACCAGAUUUGAGAUGAACACACAUGGGAAGGUACGCAUGGAAAGGACCCCUACUUUCUGUUUUCUUGUUUCCAUUCUCAGAUAA